AUGAAGUUCUCCCUUCUGUCCACUGCGGCUGUGGCUGCUUUGGCUGCUUCGCCAGCCGCUGCCAUCCUCGGCACCCCCGAUGCCGUGGAUAAACUCUCCAGCAAAGCUCUGGCUACUAAGUUGGCCUAUGAGGCCGCUCAUGGCUCUAACUCGACCUGCAACAUCAAGAAUGCGGCAGUUCGUCGCGAGUGGUCCUCUUUGGCACCCGCCGAUCGGAAGAAGUAUACCGAUGCGGUGCUGUGCUUGAUGAGCAAGCCCCCCAAGUCCGAUCCCAGCUUCGCUCCUGGUGCCCGUAACCGUUUCGAUGAUUUCGUCGCGGUGCACAUCAACCAAACCUUGUGGAUCCAUGGCACUGGUAACUUCCUCACCUGGCACCGGCUGUUCACCUGGGCCUACGAGACCGCUCUGCGCGACGAGUGUGGCUACGAUGGGUACCAGCCCUACUGGGCCUGGAACAAAUAUGUGAACAACCCGAUCAACUCGCCUCUCUUCGAUGGCACCGAGUACAGUAUGUCUGGUAACGGUGACUAUGUCGCUCACAACGGUACCCCGGCCACUGCCUACACCACGCUUCCCCCGGGUGUGGGCGGCGGCUGUGUUACCAACGGUCCUUUCGCCAACAUGACCGUCAACCUCGGUCCCGUCGACCCCACCCUGCAGAUCCCCGGCCUGGUAGCCCAGAACGGCACCGGACUGGACUACAACCCGCGCUGUCUGCGCCGCGACAUCUCGCCGGUGGCCGCGCAGGGCUGGACCAAGACCAGUGACGUGAUGGAUCUGAUCCAGAACUGCGACGACAUCUCGUGCUUCGAGUGGACCAUGCAAGGGUUCUUCGAGGAAGGGUUCUUGGGCGUGCACACGGCCGGCCACUUCACCAUCGGCGGUGACCCGGGAGGUGACCUCUACGCCUCCCCCGGUGACCCGGCCUUCUACGUCCACCACGGCAUGAUUGACCGCGUCUUCUGGAUCUGGCAGAACCUGAACCCGGCCAACCGCACCUACGUGGUCAAGGGCCCCGACUUCCUCGACGGGCUGAUUCCCGGCCCCAACACAACCAUCCACGACACCCUCUGGAUGGGCAACCUCACCGCCUCCCGCGAGAUCUAUGAUAUCCUGGACACAACGGCUGGAACUCCCUUGUGUUACAUUUAUUUGUAA